GUCACUGAACAGGCGGAAACAGCAUCAAAUUGGAUCUGGAUACAGCGGGAGGUGCGGUGGCAGAGCAAACCUGUUGAAGGACCAAAAACGGCAUAGAGUUGGGUGGUGGUCAGCAGGGGUAGAUCCAGGACGCUGGAUCUACUGUCGAGCCCUCCCGAGGUGUUAUGGGCUUAAAUCGACGAAACACCAAGGAAGGGGGGUGCCCAUCUGAUGACCGGCUGUAGCCACCUAACUCUUGUAGUGUUGAGAGAUGCAACCAAGCCUUGAGCUGGCCCAGGGAGAAGGUUGGUGCUUGGAAGGAGGAGAGAAGGAGAGGAGAGAGCGAUGCCACUGGCUCACAGAUGGGGCAGGGCAGAGUACCUGUAAAGGUGGGCCAGUUGCGAUGAUCACAUCGUUUUUGCAUAUCUUUUCUGGUUGACCCGGUGACUACUUGGAAAGACAAGUUGGCGACCGAGGAAGAACGGUGACAGCUAGGAAAGACUGCUGACAUUUGGGAAAGACCAAAACUGGGGUGUGGAGGUUUGGCAGGCCGAAGCACAACCUUCGCGAGGAGGGACCCAUUGCUAAUCGCUAUGGAAAGGUACAUUAUAAGACACCCCCAGGGUCGAGCGAGAGCGGGGGAGGAUGAUCGGCCCACAGGACAGACCUUUGGUAUGACCACUCAUGAUGGACUUUCGACAAUGGAACAGGUAAACGAUUUAUCCCGGGUCUGCAGAUGUGGUAAGAUAUGUAAAAAUGGGAGGGGUCUGAAGAUACAUCAGUCAAAGAUGAAGUGCUUGCAACCGGAACAUAAUGUGCAACGCACAGGGAAACCUGGUGAGACGGAGGAGAGGCCGGGGCAGGAGGCAAACCACAGUCCCCCGAAUCUCCAGGCACACGAUGAAGACGGGAGUAGGAACGGCAUCACUGAUGUGUCAGAGGACACAAAGCACCAGACAGAGAUGGAGGGUACACAGGACAUUAGACGACCUGGACAGGACAUAUGGGUAGGAGUGGCCCGAAAGGAAUCAGUGAACUGGCCCGCUGCAGUGGCAAGGAAGGAGUGGGAGAGGUUUGAUCAUGAUGUGGAUGACGUGCUGGAAACGGCCUUGGCAGGAGAUGUGGGCAAGAAGCUCAAGGCUAUGGCUUCCAUUAUUUGGAGCAUAGGCGCUGAUCGCUUCGGAAAGAAAGAGCUGAAGGCUAAAACAAACACCCAGCCAAAGGAAAGCAGACGCUUGAAGGAAAUAGCAAUCCUUAGAGGGGAUCUGCGGAGGCUGAGGAAGGCAUUUCGUGAAGCAGCAGGGGAUGAGAGACCAGCACUCAAGGAAAUCCGUGACAACUUGAGGGAGCGCAUUAAGACCUUGCGAAGAGCUGAAUGUCACCGUAGGGACAGGAAGCGACGAAUGAAGGAGAGGACAGAUUUCACCAAGAAUCCUUUCAAAUAUCUGUCAAAACUUCUGGGCGAUGUAAGAUCAGGGGAGUUGAAAGCAACAAAGGAGGAGGUGGAGGAGCACCUUCGUCAGGUCCACAGUGACCCCAGAAGGGAGGACAGUCUGGAGGAGAUGGAGAAACUCAUACAACCAGCAGAACCAGCUACCCCCUUUAGAGCUGAGGAACCGAGCUGGCAGGAGGUGAACACCUUUCUCAGGAAGGCCAGAGCAAAAUCAGCCCCAGGGCCGAAUGGCAUUCCAUAUAAGGUGUACAAGUAUUGUGAAAGGCUUAAGAGACGACUUUGGAAGUUACUGAGAGUUGCAUGGAAGAAGGACUUCCUUGCUGAUAGUUGGCUGGUCGCUGAGGGAUGCUUCAUCCCUAAGGAAGAAAACUCUAUGGGGAUUAAGCAAUUCCGUACCAUCUCACUCCUUAAUGUUGAAGGCAAGAUUUUUCUUGGGAUUCUGGCGAAGAGACUGACCACCUUUAUGAUGGACAACGGGUACAUGGACACGUCCGUCCAAAAAGGGGGAGUUCCAGGGGUGGCAGGCUGUCUUGAGCACACCAGCAUGAUCACCAAGAUUAUCGAAGAUGCAAAGAAGAACCGUGGUGACCUUGCAGUUCUGUGGCUGGAUUUAACAAAUGCAUUUGGGACGAUACCCCACAAGCUGGUGCAUUUGACGUUGAAGACCUACCAUGUCCCAGAGCGAUUCCAGAAGCUCUUGCAGCGUUACUAUGACAACUUCAACAUGCGCUUCUCCUGUGGAGACUUUACCACAGAAUGGCAGAGGCUAGAGGUGGGCAUUGUCACUGGAUGCACAGUCUCAGUGAUUUUGUUUUCAGCGGCGAUGAACCUUCUCGUUAAAUCAGCAGAGAAGUUGCGUCGAGGCGCAGUGUUGGCAAGUGGCAUCCAGCAGAUACCUAUAAGAGCAUUUAUGGACGACCUCACCAUCACGGCAAAAUCAGUACCUGAAGGGAGAUGGAUCUUGGAGGAUCUGGUUGAACUCACCAAUUGGGCAAGGAUGGAUUUCAAACCAGAAAAGUCCAGAAGCCUGGUGUUGAGGAAGGGGCGUAUUCAGGACCGGUUCCGCUUCAGGAUCAAAGAUACCAUCAUCCCAACGGUCCAAGAGAGACCGGUGAAGAGCUUGGGGAAAUGGUACAGGGCAGACCUCAACGAUAAGCAGAGUGUGAGGGAGAUGAUUAUCCAAGUAGAUACCUGGAUGACAUCCCUAGAGAAGAGUGGCCUACCCGGCAAGUAUAAGGCCUGGGGUUACCAACACGGGGUACUUCCUAGGCUGCUCUGGCCAUUGCUUGUUUAUGAGGUACCUGUCUCUAUCGUCGAGGGAUUGGAGAGGAGGAUUAACACCUAUUUGAGGAGGUGGCUGGGCGUCCCAAGAAGCUUCUGCUCCAUUGGCUUGUAUAGCACAGGCAGCAAGCUGCAGCUGCCAGUAACAUCAGUGGUCGAGGAGUAUAAGGCGACAAAGACACGCCAGGCCAUGAUGCUGCGAGACAGCAAAGACGAAAGAGUACGCCAAGCAGGUAUUGUGGUCAGGACAGGUCGUAAAUGGUCAGCCAGCAGAGCAUUGACGGAGGCUGAGGAUCGACUGCAUCAUGCUGACAUCGUUGGGACAGUAGCUCUGGGCAGGCUUGGACUGGGUUGCUCCACCAGAGUAAGCUGGGAAAAAGCUGACCCAAAAGAACGUCGCGGCAUGGUGCAGAGGGAGGUCCGUAAAGCAGAGGAGGAAACCCGGCAUGUCAAGGCUGUUGCUAUGAAAAAACAGGGCAGCUGGACAAGGUGGGAGGGCGUGCAAGAAAGGGCCCUGACGUGGCAGGAGAUCUGGACCAUGGAAGGACGUCGGAUAAAGUUCUUGAUGUGUUCUGUCUAUGAUGUCCUGCCUACCCCAUCAAACCUCCAUAUUUGGGGGAUAGCAGAGAACCCCAGCUGCACGCUGUGUGGAAAGACAGCCAAUCUUGAGCACAUCCUUUCAGCAUGCCGGUCAAGUUUGACAGACGGGAAAUUCCGGUGGCGUCAUGAUAAGAUCCUGUCUCGGUUGGCGGAUGGUGUGGAACAGGCAAGGAAGAAUCGUAAAUGGCUUUCUGAUGGGCACCACUUUAUCCAUUUCGUCAGGACAGGAGAGAGCACUGCAGCGGUACGGAGGAGCAGAGGGGUCCUGGCCUCAGCAAAUGACUGGGAGAUGUGGGCAGACCUGAAAAAGCAGCUCAAAUUCCCGGAGGAGAUAGCACUCACUAGCCUCAGACCAGAUAUUGUACUCUGGUCUAGAGGUACCAAGCAGGUGGUGCUCAUAGAGUUAACUGUACCCUGGGAAGAAAGGAUGGAGGAGGCACAUGAGCGUAAGCUCAAAAAAUAUCAAGGCCUUAUCCUCGAGAGUCAGCAAAAAGGAUGGAAGGCCUGGAAUCUACCAGUAGAGGUCGGCUGCAGAGGUUUUGCGGGACAGUCGCUCUGGAGAACACUCGGAUUGUUGGGGAUUGAAGGGAUGGCCAGGAAACAGGGGUGCCCAUCUGAUGACCGGCUGUAG